GGCUCUGGGGGCUUGGCUUUGCCGCGCUCGGUGCACUUGGGCGAGAGCAGGAACGUGCAACGGAGCUCCGAUCCCAGCGCAGCCACCGCGAUGAGAGGCGCCCGUGGCGCCUGGGAUUUUCUCUGCGUCCUGCUCCUCCUGUUCCGCGUCCAGACAGGCUCUUCUCAACCAUCUGUGAGUCCAGGGGAACUGUCUCUACCAUCCAUCCAUCCAGCAAAAUCAGAGUUAAUAGUCAGUGCUGGCGACGAGAUUAGGCUGUCAUGCACCGAUCCAGGAUUUGUCAAAUGGACUUUUGAGACCCUGGGUCAGUUGAAGGAGGACACUCGCAAGGAAUGGGUCACAGAGAAAGCGGAGGCCGCCAACACGGGCAAUUACACGUGCACCAACAGAGACGGCUUAAGCAGGUCCAUUUAUGUGUUUGUUAGAGAUCCUGCACGGCUUUUCCUCGUUGACAUUCGCUUGUAUGGGAAAGAAGACAAUGAUACGCUGGUCCGCUGUCCUCUGACAGACCCAGACGUGACCAAUUACUCCCUCACGGGGUGCGAGGGGAAGCCUCUUCCCAAGGACUUGACGUUCGUCGCCGAUCCCAAGGCCGGCAUCACAAUCCGAAACGUGAAGCGCGAGUAUCAUCGGCUCUGCUUGCACUGCUCAGCGGACCAGAAGGGCAAGUCCGUGCUGUCAACGAAAUUCACCCUGAAAGUGAGGGCAGCCAUCAGAGCUGUCCCGGUGGUGUCCGUGUCCAAAGCAAGCUCGCUUCUUAGGGAAGGGGAGGAAUUCUCUGUGAUGUGCUUGGUCAAGGAUGUGUCCAGUUCCGUGGACUCCAUGUGGAUCAAGGAAAACAGCCAGCAGACUAAUGCACAGACGCAGAGUAAUAGUUGGCAUCAGGGUGACUUCAAUUUCGUACGUCAGGAAAAGCUGACUAUCCGCUCAGCUAGAGUCAGUGAUUCUGGAGUGUUCAUGUGUUAUGCCAAUAAUACUUUCGGAUCAGCGAAUGUCACAACCACCUUAGAAGUUGUCGAUAAAGGAUUCAUUAAUAUCUUCCCCAUGAUGAAUACUACAACAUUUGUCAAUGAUGGCGAGAAUGUGGACCUGAUUGUUGAAUAUGAGGCAUAUCCCAGACCUGAACACCAGCAGUGGAUUUAUAUGAACAGAACCUUCACUGAUAAAUGGGAAGAUUAUCCUAAGUCUGACAAUGAAAGUAAUAUCAGAUAUGUGAGUGAACUGCAUCUCACCAGAUUAAAAGGGAACGAAGGAGGCACUUACACAUUUCAAGUGUCCAAUUCCGAUGUCAACUCUUCUGUGACUUUCAAUGUUUAUGUGAACACCAAACCAGAAAUCCUGAGUCAUGAAAGUCUCGUGAAUGGCAUGCUCCAGUGUGUGGUAUCUGGGUUCCCAGAGCCCACAGUAGAUUGGUAUUUUUGUCCAGGAACCGAGCCGAGAUGUUCCCUUCCUGUUGGGCCAAUGGAUGUGCAGUUGCAAAACUCCUCUGUCUCACCGUCUGGAAAACUCGUGGUUCAGAGCUCCAUUGAUUAUAGUGCAUUCAAGCACAACGGCACGGUCGAGUGUAGGGCUUACAACAAUGUGGGCAGGAGUUCUGCCUUUUUUAACUUUGCAUUUAAAGGUAACAGCAAAGAACAAAUCCAUCCCCACACCCUGUUCACACCUUUGCUGAUUGGUUUUGUGAUCGCAGCUGGUAUGAUGUGCAUUAUCGUGAUGAUUCUUACCUACAAAUAUUUACAGAAACCCAUGUAUGAAGUACAGUGGAAGGUUGUUGAGGAGAUAAAUGGAAACAAUUACGUGUACAUAGACCCAACACAACUUCCUUAUGAUCAUAAAUGGGAGUUUCCCAGAAACAGGCUGAGUUUUGGAAAAACUCUGGGUGCUGGGGCCUUUGGGAAAGUGGUUGAGGCUACCGCAUAUGGCCUCAUUAAGUCGGAUGCCGCCAUGACUGUCGCCGUUAAAAUGCUCAAACCAAGUGCCCAUUUAACUGAACGAGAAGCCCUAAUGUCUGAGCUCAAAGUCUUGAGUUACCUUGGUAAUCACAUGAAUAUUGUGAAUCUUCUUGGAGCGUGCACCGUUGGAGGGCCCACCCUGGUCAUUACUGAAUACUGUUGCUAUGGUGAUCUUUUGAAUUUUUUGCGAAGAAAACGUGAUUCAUUUAUUUGCUCGAAGCAGGAAGAUCACGCCGAAGUGGCACUUUAUAAGAACCUUCUGCAUUCAAAGGAGUCUUCGUGCAGUGAUAGUACUAAUGAAUACAUGGACAUGAAACCCGGAGUUUCCUAUGUUGUGCCGACCAAGGGGGACAAAAGGAGAUCGGCAAAAAUAGGCUCAUACAUAGAAAGAGAUGUGACUCCCGCCAUCAUGGAAGAUGACGAGUUGGCUCUAGACCUGGAGGACUUGUUGAGCUUUUCUUACCAGGUGGCCAAGGGCAUGGCCUUCCUCGCCUCCAAGAAUUGUAUUCACAGAGACUUGGCUGCUAGAAAUAUCCUCCUUACUCACGGUCGAAUCACAAAGAUUUGUGAUUUUGGUCUAGCCAGAGACAUCAAGAAUGAUUCUAAUUAUGUGGUCAAAGGAAACGCUCGGCUGCCUGUGAAGUGGAUGGCACCGGAAAGCAUUUUCAACUGUGUGUACACAUUCGAGAGUGAUGUCUGGUCCUAUGGGAUUUUUCUAUGGGAGCUAUUCUCUUUAGGAAGCAGCCCCUACCCUGGGAUGCCGGUCGAUUCGAAGUUCUACAAGAUGAUCAAGGAAGGGUUCCGAAUGCUCAGCCCUGAGCACGCACCUGCUGAAAUGUAUGACAUCAUGAAGACUUGCUGGGAUGCUGAUCCCCUGAAAAGGCCAACGUUCAAGCAGAUCGUGCAGCUAAUUGAGAAGCAGAUUCCGGAUAGCUCCAAUCAUAUUUAUUCCAACCUAGCGAACGGCAGUCCCCACCAGGAGCGGCCCGUGGUGGACCAUUCUGUGCGGAUCAACUCCGUGGGCAGCAGCGCGUCCUCCACCCAGCCUCUGCUGGUGCACGAAGAUGUCUGACGCAGGAGGCAUGCCAGCGGGGGUGGGGGGGGCCCUCCCCAACAGGAAUGAUCCCUGCUCUUUUGGUUUCUAUACUGGUUGUUUUUGUUCUCUUUCGGCUUGCAUCCUGUCCCAGAGUAGUGGACACGCCACUGUAAUCCCAUCUUGACACACACACUCGAGUGGCCGGUGAUUUUUGUCACCAGCCAGCAUCCUGUUGUAAGAGUUCCAACUGUAUCUUCUCCUCCCCAGAGCCAGGCAGCCCCCAUUAAUGAAAAAAUAACAAUAAUAAUAAUAAUAAUAACAGACUUGGAGCAAGGGAGGGUGGUGGGCUGGGCUGGGCACCCUGAGUCCUUUCCAAGGCUUCUCUGAUUUUGGUUUGAAAAGCAUCACCGAUUGUUUAUUUGAAUAAGUGACAGUGGUUGCCUGCGGGCCUCCUAACCAUCCUUGACCGUAUGACGAUGCUGCAAGAUUAGAAGCUGAGACCUGAUCGCUUGAUGUGGAAAAUGGAAUGUUCUUAGAACAAAGGGCAGAAGUCUAUGAGUAUCUAGGCUUAAGCAAUCUAGUAUUUCAUGCUGGGAGUGAGACCGAAGCCAUGGAAAAGUGCUCCUGACUCAUGAAUCAGGACCGGGCACGAGCCUUUGUCCUCCCGACCGGGUCUGUAAAUAGAGUUUGCUGUUAGGAUGCCGAGUCGGAGAGGAGGCCUCCCAGCCGGCAUUUGUAUAUACCCAUCUACACGUUGUACAUGGUCGUAUACUCGCGGGGGGACGUCCCCCAAGGUGUUGUUUCUGGAUGCGACCCUGGCUCAGGUCUGCUGUGCUUAGAAAUAGAUGAAGAGCCAGACGAGUUGGAAGGAAACAGUGUUUUGUUUUGUUUUGUUUUGUUUUGAAAGAAAAAGAGACCCUAAUUGCCAAGCACAAUCUUAACAAAAAUCCCCUUUUGUACCCUACGAACCUUGCUCCCCAGAUUCUCCAGAGCAAACCUACCAGCUUCAGAAAGGCAUCGUGCUCGAUGGCUUCGAUGCCAUUGGAAAACGUGACUGGUUCACUGCAUGACUCCCGCGGGAGGGACUGAACAGUGCUGUUAGUCUGGAUUCUUUGGUAGCCCGAAUUAAAUAUAGAUUCAGCCUCCUCUGCAGGCAUGUCCCGGACGCCAGGCCAGUACCUGUGUGUGUGCGUGUGCGUGUGUGUGUGUGUGUAUGCGCGUGUGUGGGUGUGCGUGCGCACAUGCACACGUGCUUGUAGACAAAUAUUUUGGGUUUUGUUUUGUUUUGUUUUGGUUUUUUUGCCUCCAGCCCAAGAAGGUCCUUCAGCAUUCCAGAAGUAGCUUGGCCUUCAUCAUCCUUACUGCUCGUUUCUCUGCAUCUCGCUGUCUAGAGGAGCUUCCCCAAAGCUCACAUAGCGUCUAAUAGGAAGCAGAGUGCUUAAAUACUUAUUUAUUUGCAAGCCACCGACACCUCAAGCAUCCUGGUGUUUAUACUCAGCAUACUGUACCCGUUCCUUAGACCUAAGGCUGCUCUCCCGCUAAAGCAUAUUUAAAUGUUACCCUUUAGGCUGUAGCCUGAAUGUUAUUCUUUGAGUUCACCUUUUUUUUUCUUUCUUUCUUUCUUUUUUUAAUUUUUUUUUA